UUCAAGAUAACUUGAUCCGCUCUCACAGUGCUGGUGUUGGUGCCCCUCUGACUCCUGAAAGGACUCGCAUGCUUCUCGCUCUCAGAAUCAACGUACUGGCCAAAGGCUACAGUGGCGUUUCCAUGGAAACUCUUCAGGGCAUUGUAGCUGCCUUCAAUGCGUCGUGCCUGUCCUGGGUACCUGAGAAGGGUACAGUGGGGGCGUGUGGGGAUCUGGCUCCUCUUGCCCACCUCACGCUGGGGCUGAUGGGAGAAGGACUCAUGUGGUCUCCACAGAGCGGCUGGGCCGACGCCAAAGCUGUUCUGCAAGGCCAUGGCCUAACUCCAAUCAAGCUAAAGCCAAAAGAGGGUAUAGCUCUGAUCAACGGGACUCAGAUGAUCUCAUCUCUGGGUUCGGAGGCGUUGGAGAGAGCACAGGCCAUCGCACGUCAAGCUGACAUUGUGGCUGCCCUCACCCUGGAGUCGCUCAAAGGGACCAACAAAGCCUAUGACAAGGAUCUCCACGCUGCGAAGCCUCAGCCCGGUCAGAUGGAGGUGGCCUUCCGUAUGCGUUCUGUACUGCCCUCCGCCCUUCACCCUUCUGAGAUCACAGGGGGCGCAUAUGAUCAGGUUCAGGAUGCUUACACAUUACGCUGCUGUCCUCAGGUGCAUGGGAUUGCAAAUGACACCAUUGCCUUCGUGAAGAAGAUCCUGACCACUGAGCUCAACAGUGCUACAGACAACCCGCUGGUGUUUGCUGAGAGAGGAAUUACUAUCUCUGGAGGAAACUUUCAUGGAGAAUACCCAGCGAAGGCCCUGGAUUACCUGGCUAUAGGUGUGCAUGAGUUGGCCUGCAUCAGUGAGCGCCGCAUUGAGAGACUGUGCAACCCCUCCCUCAGUGAGCUGCCUGCAUUCCUGGUUAACGAGGGCGGCCUCAACUCUGGAUUCAUGAUCGCGCACUGUACCGCCGCAGCUCUAGUGUCCGAGAAUAAGGGGCUGUGUCACCCCGCCUCAGUGGACUCUCUGUCCACCAGUGCGGCUACUGAGGACCACGUCUCCAUGGGGGGGUGGGCCGCACGCAAGGCCCUCAGGGUGGUGGAGCACGUGGAGCAGGUGUUGGCCAUUGAGCUGUUAGCUGCCUGCCAGGCCCUGGAGUUCCGCCUCCCUCUGAAGACCACACCCCCCUUGGAGGAGGUGCGCAAGCUGGUCCGCUCUGUGGUCAGGCCUUGGGACAAGGAUCGUGCCAUGAGCCCUGACAUCGAGGCCGCACACAAGCUGCUGCUGGAGGAAAAGGUGUGGGAGGCGGUAAGGCCUUACAUGGAGAAGUACGAGCAGAUGGAACGCCAGCAGUGAGCUCUGCCAUCACCCAUAAUCCUUGGGUGUGAUCACUCAAUCAUUAUCCAGGAGGUGAUCAGUCACGUCAAUCAUGGAUUCAUUUAUAAAAUGUUUUUUGUCAGUGGAAUGAUAACUG